UUGUUCAAGGAUAUUGAGAAAAAAUGCCUGUCAAAAUAUUUAAUGGAAUGAAUUGUGGUUAUAUAUUACUCGGAUUCAUCUUGUCAUCAUCGCUUUGGAUUUCAUUAGCUCCAAUUAAUUGGAAACGCAAAGUGGGACUGAAUUGUGAAAAAACUCUGGAGUCUAACUUAACGUCAGGUGAUACUCAUGUUGAACAUUUGAAAAUAGUGGAGACAUUGCGUAAAAGUAAUAAUCCAAUUACAGAAAAAGUUCCAUCAAGAAAUAUAAGCGGGAAAGACAAACCAUCACUGCAUAAUGCUUUACUUAUGUAUGUAGAUAGUGGAGAUCAGCAUAUAAUACAAUUCACAGUAUUUCUAUAUGCAUCCUGGAAAUAUGUGAUGAUGCACAAAUAUCUAAAACAAAAUAUUGCCAUCGACAAUGCUGAACAUGUGCCGGAUAUGAUUUUUGACUUGUUAGUGUAUUGCCAUCCAGAAAUAUGUAAAUUUCUCCCGUUGGAUUGCCUCCCGGUGAUAAUGGACAAAUAUUUAGAGAAUGUUCCCAAUUGCUGGUACAUUCCUUCAGACCGGGUUCAGAAUCAUGAAGGCUAUCCCCCUGAUUAUUGCUACAUUAAUACAUUUACUUUUCUAAUUGAUGCUAACUUUGGUCAGAUCGCUAACAGAUACGAUUGGAUAAUGAGGACGGAUACUGAUGUGUUUAUAUCUCCAGCGAUACUUGGUUGGCUGAGUAAAUAUCCCUUGAUCACUGGAAUCGGUGGUUACGGAGUACCAUUUAGUGAAGGCCUUGGAGGCUUGUUUAACGUUAGUGAAGAUGGUGAAUGGCCUUACUGGUGGCGCCAGGUCUCAACGAUGUAUGGGAGCGAACUAGCCAUCAAUCACAUUAUCCCUAAUCUCACUGAAGACCACAAAGCAGUUGGAUAUAUGGACUUGGCCAGUAGUGAUAAUGUCACUUCUGUGAUGAAGGCCCCUCAUAUACAUUGCUGGCAAGGACCCGAAGAAUUUGACAAACUUGAAUUCACAGCUAAAAUUGUAGGACAUAUCCAAGGUGAUGUUAGGAAAUUAUGGCUACACUAAGAAGUUCUGUUAUAUAAGGAAGAUUUGGAUGUAUCUGAGAUGACUAUUAGAGAGUAUGUGACUUAUAUAGCAUGGAAUGGAGUCUUCAAAUAUCUGCCACAUAUUAUCGGACCAAUAAUUUUAUAGCUACCAACAUUGACUUCAACGCCCAAAGGUCUUACUAACUAAUUGACAUAAAGUAUGAAUAACUAAAAGCAUAAUCUUGAAAGGAAAAAGACAAUUCUAAAGUUGUAUCAAACAAAGAUGUACAUGUAUGACACUUUGCAGAGGUUUCACGUCUUGUUGAAAUAGCACACUUCAAAAUUAAAAAUACUAAACAAAUACUGGAUGACCAUGAGGUGGAUAUGCCAGAAUACCUAUCCGAGGAAUAGUACUUUUUCGAGGAUAGGUAUUCUGGCAUAUCCACCUCAUGGUCAUCCAGUAUUUAUUUUAUUAUGCACCUCCCUUCAAAUUGUCAAGAAAUACUUUAUUUUAAAGAAUGGGUCUACUAAAACAGAAGCCGAGCCUGGUAUUUUUUUCGAGGAUAGGUAUUCUGGCAUACGGGAUGGUUGGAGAUUUAAUUGCUGCAAUACUGGAUAGAACGAGAUCUUGCUGCCACGUAUGGCAAUAGACCCUGCAGGUCUUAACCAAUCAGAUUUGAGUAUUUUAAUGAGGUGCAUAAUAAAAUGAUUUAACAAGCUUUUUAAAAAAUGUUUAUUCCAACUUACUACUUCAAACCAUUCAAACGUGUACUUCUGGAUGUAAUGGAUACAUCAGUGCAUAAUUUUGUACAGUAAUCUAAGUAUUAAAUAAGCCUCAUAAUAAAAUAUUUUAUAAUAUAUUUCAGAUAAUCUUAUCUGGCAAUGACAAAUUGCAUAUAACAAAAUCCUCUGAUAAGACACAUACAGUUGAUGUUAACAUAAGUUAAAAAAUAACUACCACCACUGAAUGAAUUGAUUCCUAGAUUGAUUGAAAUAGU